AUGCCGUCUCAGACUAACUCCCCUCAACAUGACAAGUUGCUGCGUCAAAACACGACCAAGAUGGACAAGAACUUGAUACACAAGAUACUAAUGCAGGCCAUCAGAGAAGGGAGCGUUGGUGAGCUAAGAGAGGUUCUAGAAAAACAUCCGGACCCUAAGAAGCUGGUGCACCACCUUGAUGAGACGGGUGUCACCGCCCUGCACCUUGCCGCCAGGUACAACAGAACAGAAGCUGUAGAGGUUCUCGUGGGGUACGGCGCAGACGUCAGCAUACUGAACGCUAAGAAAAACACCGCUCUGCAAAUAGCGUGUCGUCACCGCGGCUAUGACGUAAUCAAAGUGUUGCUCAAGUACGGUGCUGACCAGCACACCAACGUGUCACUGGACGGAAAUGUGCUGCACACGAUAGCCAUGCACUCCACGGCCCAAGCCGCACAGCUGUUGUUUGACGUGCACCCACCGCCAAUUCACUCAAAGUCAUUUUCGGGGUUCACUCCCCUGCACAGUGCAGCUGAAUUCGGGAAUGACGAGAUGUGUGUUUGGUUGCUUCACCGCGGCGCAAACCCAAGAGCCAGGUGCGCGCGCAUGAUGACCCCUUUAAUGCUAGCAUCGGAACAAGGCCAUACAAGAGUGAUACAGAUCUUGUGCCAAGCUGUUGAACACACCGAGCGCUCCGUUGUCAUGGAGAUGUUGAAUGAUGUUGAUGACGAAGGAAUGAGUGCGCUUCACUAUGCUGUUCGACAUAAUCGAUAUCAGGUAAAUCUAAAUAAUUGCAUUGAUUUUUUUCUAAAAUAA